AGAUUUAACCGACUGGUACCCAUGCUGGCCAUAGAUGUUUAAGGUCAUGAUACUGAUUGAAUAUUAUGAUAAUUCUGGAUGAUUUAGACAUUUACUUUAUUGAUGUUUGUGUAAUGGACUGUGAAAAGUAGAGCACAAAUAUAUUAUAUUCUACAGCAUCGCGCCUGCCGCUUUUGGCAAGAACGUUUGGUCUGCAGACAGCAAUACGUCAUUUUACUGUUGUGGCGGCAGAACAGUGAAGCGACGAAUGAGUCAGCAGAGUAGGCACUUCCUAUACAAUCAAAAGGGGAAACGAGAUCUUUUAAAAAACUAUCAAAUCGCUAUUUUUUUACAAGCAAGGAAAUGGCAGUUCCUGCUGUCCCGAAUCCGCAAUUGAACAAAACAGUAAGUCAAAACUCCCCCGAACGUAACAUCCAUAUCGACGAAAGAGAAUUGGAGAACAUCACGAACAACGAUGGAAACGGUACUCUCCCAUUACAUUCUCCGUGGACUUUUUGGCUUGAUAGAUCUUUACCAGGAACAACGGCAGCAGAAUGUGAAUCAGGUCUGAAAAAAAUCUACACUGUGCAAACAGUUCAGAGCUUUUGGAGUGUGUACAACAAUAUACCUGGAGUGUCCAGCCUACCACUGAGAUGUAGCUAUCACCUAAUGAGAGGGGAGAGAAGACCCCUCUGGGAAGAAGAGAGUAAUGCAAAGGGGGGAGUUUGGAAAAUGAAAGUACCCAAAGAAAGCACUCCUGCUGUAUGGAAGGAGUUACUGCUGGCCACUAUUGGGGAGCAAUUUACUGAUUACUGUGCUUCAGAGGAUGAGGUGGUUGGCGUUAGUGUCAGCGUUCGAGACAGAGAAGAUGUUGUUCAAGUCUGGAAUGGAAAUGCCUUUUUUGCUAACGAAGCAAACAUCCUAGGAAGGAUCUAUGAACUUCUUCCACAGAUCACUUUUAAAGCAGUAUUUUAUAAGCCACAUGAGGAGCACCAUGCCUUCGAAGGAGGUCGCCCAAGACAUUAGCAAGCUUUGCACAUUUGACACUUUGUUGUUUUUGGUCUUGGAAAUUGACUGAAUCUUCUGAGCUCUACUGUCUUUCAUGAAUGUGUUAUACAAUUACUUCAAUUUGGGCAGACAAAUGUCAUAGCUGGGCUUUAUUUUAGGAUGACUGAUACAUGUUCCUUAGUGUUAGUUUUUUAUACAAAGAUAUUUAGCUAAACCACACUUUAUCUCAACAGUGCACUUUUACCAGAGCCUUUUAGUUUUCACAGUUUUCUGAUCUUACAUUAAAUUUACAUUGUUCCCUGAUUCUAGAAUGAAUGGAGAGUAUUUUCCUCAAGCCAGUAUUAUUCAUACAGUUUUAUGUGAAAAUGUUGCACAUUCAAAUGUUUUAUUUAUUUGUUUUUUGGGGUUUGUAGUUUAUUUUUGGCGGGGGGUCUUAACUGUUACUGGUUGUUAGAUUUGUUAAAUAACACCAACUUUUUUACAAAAAAACUAAAUCACCACUCUGCGUGUUACCAGAUAAAUGCUAUAGUUUAGUUUACACUGAGUGUUUUGGUAAUCAGCAGUGGGUCAUUGUACAAACACACUCAAUUGUUUCCGAAAUGCACAACAGGCCUUUUUAAUUUUUACUGUAAUGAACAGGAUUACUAAGCAAGGAAUCUAGACUACGCCUAGAUGGGUAUCAGGUUUCUGAAGAAUAUCAAUUGCACAUGUCAAUUGGUUCAUUCAAAAAAUGUUCUUCACUUUUGUGUUUAUUACAUUUAAUUUCUAUCAUGAAUAUUGUUCUCAUUUAAGUCCUACAAACUAAAAGAACCAUUUUGAAAUUCAAAAAAACGAUAUGAUGUAUGAACUGUGCUUUGGGUUGAAUGAGUACUUAUCUUUACCAAAGACCUUUCUCUCUCUCUCUGUGUCGUGUGUGCAUGCUCCCUGUCAAGCUUUUUAAGUUUUGUAACCUGUUGGUUGUAAUUGUCAUCAGAUGCGUCUCUGUAGUUGAUUGAUUGCGCUUCUCUGUGGCUCAGGUCAUCCAUGUUCAAACACUAAGCACAUUAAUUAGGGACGUUUUUGUUGAAAGAAACAAAUAAUGUAGCUGGACUUUCGGGCAGUUUUUACUAUAGUGCCCAGUCAAGGUGAGAUCUCAACUGAUUGUUAAUCUUUGGAAUGGUGCCUUGUGUUUUCCAAGGGUUUCAGUCUUGAAAGUUGUUUAUUUUUAACAUUGAACCAGUCAAAAUGUAAAAUCUAUAUUUUUGCUGAUAGAUUUUGAAAUGUUGGAAAAAUGAAAUGGUAAACAAUCAUGCCUUGUUA